CACCGUCAGACAGCUGCUUAUUUCUCAUUUGUAAUGUUUGUUCCCCUUUUCUCUCUGUGUAUUGUCUUUUGCCCGCAGCCCCCUGUUCAGGCAAUUCAUUCUUCUGCCACAGCAACAUGUGUAUUAACAACUCCCUGGUGUGCAAUGGAGUUCAGAACUGUGUCUACCCAUGGGAUGAAAACCACUGCAAAGAGAAGCGAUCUAAGGGUAUUUUUCAUCAGAUCACUAAGACCCACGGUACCGUCAUUGGUGUCUCGUCAGGCAUCGUGCUGGUUCUUCUUAUCAUCUCCAUCCUGGUCCAGAUGAAGCAGCCGAGGAAAAAGGUGGUAGCUCGCAGGCCCGGUGUUUUCAACAAGGCGGGCUUCCAGGAGGUGUUCGACCCGCCCCACUACGAGCUCUUCUCUCUGCGUGACAAGGAGAUUUCCUCAGAUAUGGCCGACCUUUCCGAGGAGCUGGACAACUUCCACAAGCUGCGGCGCUCCUCCACCAUGUCCCGCUGCGUGCACGAGCACCACUGCGGCUCCAUGGCGACCGGCGGUGGUGGCAGCAUGAAGCACAGCCGCACCACCCUGAGCUCCAUGGAGCUGUCCUACCACAACGACUUCUCCAAGCCACCUCCCAUGAAGACGUUCAACUCCACGUCCAGCUACAAGAAGAGCUGCUACGGCUACAAGCAGCACUCACAGACUCACGACUGCGACCAGCAGGUCAUCGAGGACCGCGUCACAGAGGAGAUCCCAUGUGAGAUCUACGGCCGCGGUGUAGGAGGAGCCACGGGUGGAACCAUGGGACCGAUGGGAACCAUGGGAGGAGGACCGUCAGGGAUUGCAGGAGGAGGGAUCGGAGGACCGGUGGGGAUCACAGGAGGAAUGGCGAUGGCAGGGGGAAUGGGUAUGGGGGGAGGAGCGGGCAUGGCAGGGCCCAGUGGCAUCGCUGGAGGGAUCGGCGGUGGGAUGGCAGGAGCCUGCGGAACCCUCAGUGUCCGCGGCAACAGCGCUCGCAACAGCACCACAAUAGUUGACCCAAACCAUCGCUCCAUGUCCAUGGACUUCUAGACGAGGAACGGAAUGUCUUGAAUUUGACUCAUCGGAAGAAAAGACAGAAGAAAAGGAGACAGGAGAGAUCACAAUAAUCUUAAAUUGAUCACUCCUCUUCCCACUUCUGCCUUUGCCCUUUAAACAGUAAUAAAAUAAUUGCACACUUAAGGAUCUUCUCUCAAACAGUCGCCUGAAGGUUGGAAAACGAAUAGGAUCCAAAAGACACAAAAAAAAACGGAUUUAUGGUUCCAUUAUUAAGGAUUCUGAACGAUGUAGGGUGCAGGAGACAUCUUAUAUCUCCUCCGGUCUAAAACUCAUGUAAUCUGUCCGUUUCAUAAGAAGAGGAUUCUUGCAUGCAGACCCAGACUUCUCUCUGUUUGGGAGCCGAUACGACCAGGUAACCAUUCAGAAACAAAGAGAGAAAAAAGAUGAAGACACACCCCUGACUGAGUUUCUACAUUUAUUCACCUGUCAUGCACAGAUAUAUGAUAUAUAGUGUGUCUUCUAAUAAUUUGAGUCUUUAUUUUUUGUCAGUGUACUGUACUGUUAAAACCAGUAUAUAUCCAGCCUCAUGACGACGCUUGGCUUUUAACUCCUUAAUCUUUUACAGGUGUUGCUCAGAUGAUUUAAUGAUGGUGAUGAUGAUGAGGCUGAUGAUGAUGAUGACGAUGUUAACGAUAUGAUAUAACUAAUAAUUCUGUAAUUUUAAUGGUUACCUUACACAUAAUUGGAAGAUAAACUCCAUUCAGUCUCUCCUCAGGAAGAGCACAUGUAGAGACUUAUUUUAGUAAGAAAUACAGAGAGAGAAAGGUCUAUUCUUGCUCUGUGAACUUUAUAGCAUAUGGGCGUUAUGGCUUUGAGUGAUCAUUUAUGGAAUAUAAAAAUGUGUGGUUUGAGUCCUGGACUGAAUCAAAAAUAGCAACCACCCCACUCCCAAACCCCCUUAGCAGGAGAAAAUAUAAUUUCUCAAUUCCCCUAAUGAACUGAGUGUGUAAAACAAGCACAACCUGUUUCCAUGAGGAGACGGACAUGUAGCCUAAAUGGGAUUUAUGAUUUGAACCACUGGUUGUAUUAUUUCAUUCUGUUGAAUUAAAUGAGAGCAUACUCA